GAUAGUUGUCCCAUUUGCACCCAUACUACAGCUCCUUAUUUAUAGUAUGAAAGGACUACUUAGUAUUACUCAUUUUCUUAAUGUGUAUUCAACCGUGAGUCAAAUGACGAAAUUACGUUGAAAUGAGUCAAUUUAAAAAAAAUGCAUGAUUGUUACUUGGAUUUAUACUUGAAGACAAAUCUGCAGUAGGAAAACUGUACAAAUGAACAAAAUUGAACCGAAAUGUUCGAAUCGGUUAAAUCCAAGACACCCAUUUCGUUUAGGCGAUUUUAUACACUUUCUUGAACAGUAAAUACGUCUUCUAAGGAGAUAGAAGUUUUGACAACCUAAAGAAAUGCAUGAUAUAUUAAAUAUGGUAAUAGAGUUUAGAUAAAUAUUAAAAUACUAAUCAUUAAGUGAUUGAUAAUGGAUAUGUUUACGUCUAUAUGAUGAUAAUGGAUAUGUUUACGUCUAUAUGAUAGAGAUAAAAAAAAACAUUGAUAAAAGUAAAGAGAGGAUUGAUAUUUUGGAUGUCUAUAUGCGUUCUUUUUCAUUACAUCAUAGACCAAAUGUUAUAAAAACGUAAAAGUUCGAAGAAACCAGAAAUGGAGAGUUUUGUGGGAUUUAUACACAUCCGUUAUGCUAAUUUAAAACGUUACUUUGACACAGAAUGUUCGGUAAAAAAAUUGUUAUUCAUUUUCUUGGCUUCGUGUGUUAUAUGGUAUUAUAUUGGAGCAAGAGGAAGAAAGGAUUUAAGGGAACCGUGCCAAUUCCAAAAGGUUCCAUUUUCUUCAUCAGUGAUGGAAACUUUAAAACUAGAAAAAGAAGUUAAAUGUAACGUGUGGAAUUCAUUUGUAUAUUUUGACAAUACAGGAUACUUGAAUCUAAAUCACAGUGCUAUAUAUGCUGCAGGAUUUAAUCAAAGUCAACUUACUUGUGAAUAUGCUAUAGUUAUAAUGGACGGAUUUCACGGAAGUAAACUUGUGGAUAAAACAAUUUUAAUAAAACCUACUUACGUUCCAAACGAUUUUGUAUAUGUCGUUUGUAAGACAUUAAACAGAAAAACUGUUUAUGCUAAUUUUCAUUAUAAUGUUAAUACAGAAAUCAACAAAAGAGUGUUAUUGCCCGACACACAAGACCAAUUAAAUAUUGUGAUACUUGGUAUUGACUCUACAUCUAGGUUUUUAGCUGAAAAACAACUACCAAAAACACUGGACUUUUUUGAAAAUACACUUGAAGCUUACCCUCUGAAAGGCUAUACAAGAAUUGGCGACAAUACUCUGCCAAAUAUUGUGGCUGCAUUAACGGGAAAGACUCUUGUAGAGUCUGUUUUGUCUACUUCCGGUUAUCCUUCUCUGUACAAGGAAAUACUAAAGCGGAAGUACAUCGACUGCUACUCGGAAGAUUGGGCACCAUUCCUGCCACCUCAUCUCGUGAAAUACCCGAAUUACACGCAUUAUCUCCGAAGCAUAGUGGUGGCCAGUAAACAAUCUGAAUUUAAAAUGUUUCAACAAACAUUUAAUAACAACAACACAUUCGAAACGCAAGACGAAAAACUUUGUUUUGGGAACGAUUUUAAACACAAUAUUGUACUAGAUUAUGGAAAACAAUGCAUUGAAAAAUACAGAAACAAACGAAAGUAUGUGUUUAUGUGGGUCACUGAGCUUGCGCAUCAUCAUCCCGAAUACUUAUCCUUGGGAGAUGAUGACGCACACAGUUUACUAAAAUGGAUGCAUGAGACGGGAAAGCUUACAAAUACAGCUUUUGUUUUAUUUAGUGACCACGGAUCACGUUAUGGAACUUUAACUGAACAUGAAAUUGGAAGAAUGACAAAAAAUCUUCCUCUGCUAUCUUUAUACUUGCCACCUCAUUUAAAAUCUAGAUAUCCUCAUAUUCACCGAAACCUUAAGUAUAAUGCCGCUCAACUUACAACGCCGUUCGAUUUACAUGAAACACUUCUAGAUAUUUUUACACAAAAUUUUAAAGAGAAGAUAGACUUCACUGAUAAUUGUAUUCUCCCUAGAGGAAUAAGUUUGUUCCGUCGAAUACCAAGUAGAAGAAGUUGCUACGAUGCAUCGAUUGUUGAAAAUUACUGUCCGUGUUAUUCUUACCAACCAACAAAUGCAGACGAUAAAGUUGUACAGCAAUCAGCGAUGUUCGUUGUUUCAAAAAUCAACGAAAUGAUAUCAAAGAGCCCUUUCUCGUGUAAAACUUUGGGUUUAAUAGAGGUAGUUUCUGCAAAAAUUCAGCGCAUUCCACAAAACUCAAAUACAAAUCAAAUUUCAUCAGUCCGUUAUGUUGUUGUUUUUAAGACAUUUCCUGGAUAUGGUAUUUUUGAAGCGAGUGUUGAAUACAGUCAUACCAAUGAGGCUAAGUUAAUAGGGAAUAUAGACAGACUUAACUCUUAUGGAAAUCAAUCGAGAUGUGUAUCAGAACAAGAUUUUACUUAUACAAGUUUACGACAAUAUUGUUUUUGUGCUUAAAGAAAUACUCUUACUGAAUUAUUUGUUAUACUAUUUAUCGAAGAUAUUAAAAAAAUGUGAAAUUUA